AUGGACGCCAAUGCGGCCGAGUCGACCGGCGGGUCGCCUCCCUCGACCUCGAGCCGACGCGCUUGCGACCAAUGCAGGCUGAGGAAGAUCCGCUGUGACAAAGAGUCGCCCUGCUCCAACUGCCGCAGCGCCAAGCGCUCAUGUUGUUCCACAGGCGCUGGCCAGAGGCCCAAGGAGCCACGGCAGCGGGUUCUGAUUUCCAGCCAGUAUGAGCGGAAGAUAGACCAGAUCGAAGUCCGCCUCAGUUCCAUCGAGGCCCUCCUACGGAACCUAGCCGCCCAAUCCACGCCAUUGGGCUUGAACUCGGCUGCGACAGCCGCAGCAGCAGGAGGAGGCCGACAAACACAACCACCAACCGUCCCGUCCACAGCUCCACGCCAGUCCUCCGAGACGUCCACUUUCUCACGGAGCUCCGGCCCCACCUUCGACAAGCUCACGCCGGCAACGUCCUCCGGGGGCCGUGGCGCCGCCAGCGGUGGAGGUGGCGACGGCGGCACGGAAGCGGCUAGUUCGACCAAGAGCACCACCAUCUUCGACCCCGAGGACGCGGACAGCUUUGAGGGAAACUCGUCCCUGGCUGCGCAUACGGCGUUCGCGUCCGAGUUCCUGGCCGAUGCUGUGCAGAGGACUUCGUUGAGGAAUGGGGGACCGCUGAAUCCAAAGAUUGAUGCUGCGCUUGAUUCGCUACGCCAGCUCGUCGACAUGCAGAAGAACCAGAACCGCCCACGUUCCGAUACGGAUGUCUCGUUCCUCUGGGAGAGCCGCUGGCCUAGCCAGAAACACUUUGCCCACACGAACCUUCGGGAUCUCCCACUGCCGCCCAUGGCCAUGGUUGUGGAUAAGUUGAGGGAGAUGAAACACGGCCCUGUGCCUGUCAUGCUAGCUGUAAUGUACUCCUUCACGGACAUCGACAACUUCAUCGAUCGGUGCCGGCGGCUGUACUUCAGCACGGACGAUCCGCCGGAGUCGACCUUCAUCCUGGUCAACGCGGGCCUCACGUACGUAUUCUUCGAGGCUGCACUGGCGGCCGCGGAUCGCAACCCGCAGGAGAAGGCCCAGUAUGAUGCCUGCCGCGACAUGUGCCAGCGCAAUUUGGAAGUAGCUCUUGCGCAGAUGAACCUCAUGAUGCCGGCCACAGCCGAGCACAUUGAGGCGCUACUCAUGGGGGCCAGCUUCUGCAUCGAUGUAUCCCGAGCCUCCCUGGCCUGGCUGCUCGUCUCGCGCGCGACGCACAUGUGCCGCACGCUCGGCUACCACCAGGCGCACACGAUGCGCGACGACGACGCGCAGACCAAGGCCGACAAGUCGCUGCUCUUCUGGUGCGUCUACAUGCUGGACAAGGCACUGUCGCUGCGGCUGGGCCGCGCCUCCGUCAUGCAGGACUACGACAUCUCGCUGCCGCACGUCGUGCCCGACGCCAAGGCCGCGUACCCGGGCAAGGAGGUCAUGGCGCUGUGGAUCCAGCACGCGCAGGCCCUCGGCCGCAUCUACGAGCGCCUGUACAGCCCGGGCGCGCUGCGGGCGCCCGACGCGGCGCGCCGCGAGCAGGCCGCCGUGCUGGCCGCCGAGCAGCACCGGCUGAUGACCGAGAGCGACAGGCUGCUGCGCGAGUUCGAACUCAGGACCGAUGCCGAAGGCCGCAUGUUUGCGCUGACGCUGAAGAGCGACGAGGUCUCGUACAUGUCGAACCUGACGCUGACGUAUCGGGCGCUGCCGCCGGCGCCGGGGGGCCGGUCGAUGACUUUCUGUGAUGAGUGUGUGGAUAUGGCGCGCAGGAGCAUGCGCUGCCACCAAGAGGCCAUGGAGAUGAUGGAUGAUCAGUCGUUGAAGAUUGUGUAUAUCCACUGGACGAUCCUCUACGCACCCUUCAUCCCCUUCAUCGUGAUCUUCUGCCUCGUGAUCGAGACGGCGGGCGGCGACGGCGCCGACGACGACCUGCAGCGCCUGGCCGACUUCGUGCAGUCGCUCGAGCCCGCUGUCGACGUCUCGCCGUCGGUGCACAAGCUGUACCAGCUGUGCCUGGUGCUGCACAACAUCGCGACGCUGUACGUCGAGGCCAAGAAGGCCCAGGCUCUGCGGGAGCCCAACACGGCCGACCACGACAUGAUGCCCGGCGUGAGCACCGAGUUCGACCUGUACCUCAGCCAGCUGGGGUUCAUGCCGCCCGUGGUGGACUACUCGCAGCAGCUUCCCAGUAGUGGUGGCGGUGUUAGGAGUGGUGGGGGCAUGGCGCCGUCGGAUGGUAUGGAUAGUAGUAUGGGCGUCGACGACCAGACGAUGCGGUCGAUAGCGCAGACGAAUCAGCUGGGCGACUGGUUCUCGGGUAAUAAUUACAUGAUGGGGUUGUUGGAAGAGGACCUGUCGGGCAUCACUCCAUCAGGGUGGCCUUCGUGA